AUUAAUUAACAUGAGGACAAUAAUCAAGGAGCUAAUUCCCGGUCUACCCAAUGAACUGGCCGUCGAAUGCCUGAUGCGAAUUCCGGCCGACGGAUUUGCUGUUUCUUCAACAGUUUGCAAAGCUUGGAAAGCUGAAAUCGAGAAGCCGGAGUUUCGCCGGAGAAGGAAAGUUGCCGGCUUGUCACGGUGUCUUUUAGUUCUAGUGCAGGCAUGGGUCGACCCAAGUUUGAAUCCGGGAUCCACCAAGCUAUGGGGCUCGGCCCCUAUUUACCGCUUAACUCUUUGUGAUCCAGAAUCCGGUGGUAACUGGUCGGAUCUUCCUCCUUUGCCGUGGUUUCCGGCGGGUUUACCCAUGUUCUGUCAGGUUAUAGGUGUCGGGUCGGAUCUUGUAGUACUGGGGGGAUGUGAUCCGGAAACAUGGCAGGUUUAUAAUUCUGUUUUUAUAUAUAAUUUGGUCUCCGGCGAAUGGCGGUGCGGAUCCGACAUGCCAGGUCAGCAGAGAUUGUUCUUUGCUGUCGCGUCUGAUUCGGAGCGGAUGAUCUACGUGGCAGGCGGACACGACGAGGAAAAGAACGCAUUGAAAUCUGCCCUUGCGUAUGACGUGGCGAAUGAUAAGUGGGAAAUGUUACCUGACAUGGCGAGGGAGCGAGAAGAAGGUAAAGGCAUAUUCCUACGUGGCAAAUUCCAGGUCAUCGGUGGUUAUAUAACAAACAAACAAGGUGAGUUCGAGUCAGACUCGGAAUCAUUCGACGUGGCAACUCAGAAAUGGGAUUCUGUUCGUAAAGAUUUCUUAGAAUCUGCCAGCUGUCCUAGUAAUUGCGUGGUGGACGGUGGGGAUGACAAUGACAUGGUUUACAUGUGUAAGAACGGAGAGGUGACGUGUCUAGAGGGUUCCAGCUGGGUGGUGCGUGAUAGGGUGCCGGAUGACGUGGCAAGGGUUGCUUAUGUGACAGCGUGGCAGGGGAAGUUAUUUGUGAUUGGCUCGGCGGAAGAGAAUGGCCCACAUAAUGCUUAUCAAAUGGAUAUUAAGAGUCUGACGUGGACAAAGAUUGAGGCUCCUGGAUUUUACAAGGGUCAUGUUCAGUCUGGCUGCUGUUUGCUAAUCUGAUCUGUAUUCAUAUUAUUCAGAUUUACUUUUUUGAAAAUUAGUAGUUUUCAAAUUAUUAUUAGUUUAAAAUAUCUUG